AUGAACGAUUCCGACGGUCGUUCUAGAAUAAUUAAAACAAAGUCCGAUUUUUGUCGAGCACUCGUGCCCGUUGUACGUACACAACAAUUCGAGGGCGCGGCCUACGCAGAUAAAGUAACGGACCUAGGCGUAGAACGCGCAAUUCACAAUCCGAAAGCGGCCUUUCUCACUCAUAAAUUCAAGAUAUUUAUGUAUUCGAAUUCGGUGACCGAUUAUGCACUUAAACUAAAUUACAAAGCUGACAAGUGGUUUUAAUGCGUAAAUACGCAGGUGUAUCCGCUAAGGAGACCAAGAUAAAGUAAAUAGUAUAAGUAUAGUAAUCCACAUUACUACGCUUCAUUUUUAUAUAUAUAUAUAAAAAAAAAAAAAAUCACAUUUUUUUACAUUUCGCGCAGUCUUCAAACUGCGGCUAGAGUGGUAUUAGCUGCUCUGCUUCGCUUUCGUCUAGUUCGUCCAAAAUUGGCGGAUGAGAAGUUAGAUUGA